UUUCAAAUAACAAUUGAUUUGAUCGCGCACAUGGCAAGACGAGGAUGUGCGCAUGCGUCUAAUACAUUCACUUGUUUCAUUUUCAUAGUUAGUAUCUGUAUGAAACGUACAUAUAUGCAUAUGCUUCAUUAAUAUGUGUUUGUAUGUUCAUGUGCGCACACGUAGCGCGUAAAGCAACGACAAGUAACUAAAGAGAAGAAGACACUAAAAUUGUAGUGUCGUCAAAGCUAUCACGAUAAAUGUUUUAAUUAUUAUUUUUUCAUUUUGCUACAUUUAUUUUGUAUAUUAGGAAAUAAUUCCUAAGAUUUUGUAGAAGGAAGAAAUAAUUAGAAAAAGAUGUUUCGAGAGGGACAAUACAUAGAAGUGAUAAAGCUGUGGGUGUGUUUUCAGGCUUCAGACAAUUGCGUGGCGACGGUUGUCGUUACUGUGCAAGAACAAAUUAUUGAAAUAAAGAAGAAAAAGAUAUCUACCAACAAGUGGCUCGAUCUCGAAGAUUGGGCGGCGGUUUAUAAAAUAUUGGAAAGAGUCAUUUUACGUAACUGCAAAAAUGAUAUUAGCGAGCAAUGCCGUAGAAAAUUCGAAGGGUGUCAAUGGAAAAAAUCUACAAGACAAUUAGAGAUAACAUGUACAAUUGAUUCCUUUGAAUGGACCAAAGAUACAUCAUUGUUAACGAUUAGAGUAAAUGUAUCACCUGCAAGAAGAAAGUUAACAAAGAAUGAUAUACAUGAACAAAGUUCGGGUGAUGAAAAAUCAACUUCUAAAGAAUUAGUAGAUAAUUUAAUAAAGAAGGAAAUAGAUCUAGAAAAACCUGAUAAUCAUAGCAGUUUGCAGAUAGAACAGUCAAAAUAUUCUCCUGAUCAGGCAUUAGAAGAAUAUGUACCAGAUUCACCUAUAAAGAAAAAUUCUCCUCCUUUAAAGUAUAUACCAAGUAGAAAAAGUACACUGCAGAGUAUGCAAAUGACAUCUAAUGAAUAUACACCAGUGCAAUCAUGUAAUGAUGUUUUGGAUAAUGUUCCAUAUGUACCUAACUCCAUUAAAAAUUUCAAUGCUUCUUACGAAGCUUAUGAACCUCAUAGUAUUACUUCUAUGGAAUUAGUAGAAGAAUAUGUACCUAAUUCUAAAGGUAUAAAGCCUUCGGUUGAAGAAUACGAGCCUAAUUUUAGAGGAAAGUUAAUGAAAUUUGAUGAAAGUUAUGUACCAUCCAGUGUACAAAUUUCAAACGAGAAUGUAAAAAGAGUACAAAAGAUAGAAAAAUUAAAGUCACGUAGAAAAGGAACACUUAUAAAUAAAAAGAAAACAGAACUCGUUUAGUACGAACAAAAUGGAUUGUAUAAACUGAUCAUCGUGAAAAUUACUUUUGAUAAAUGAAUUACUUAUAACAUAUGUGGGUAUGUGAGUGUGCGUAUAAAUAUAUAUAUAAAUAGUUUUAUUA